AUGGCAUUUAAAAAACAUAUUAAUAAUUCAUUAACACUGGCAGAAUAUAAUAUCGCUUGGAUGAUUUAUCAUAGUGCGACUUCAUUGGAUCGAUUGCACCCUCGCAGGUUACCGAAGAAUCUCAUUCCGGGGCCUGAGAAAGACAAACCUGAGAGGAAGCAAUAA